GUUCUGAGUGAAGGAGCAAGUGGGAGGGAGUUUAGGAGGGAGGCAACAAGGAUAUAGUGUAAAGAAAAAGAGAAGAAGAGUGAAGGAAUGUGACAGUGGGAGAUGGGACGGACUGACUGUAUCUAUCAAGUGUUAAAGAGGUGUGAGGAGAAUAUCCAGAGAGAACAUCAGCAACAAAAGCAGACAUCUCCUUUCUUUCCACACUGCUAGUUUGUAUCCAGUUAAGAGUGGUUUGUCCACAGUGGUCCACACAGCUUUGGGAGACACAGCAGCAGCAGCAGUGAGUGUUCCUAUGGGGACAGAGAGACUAUAAUGGAGAUGAAGCCAUGGACAGAACUUCUCUGGGGUCAUGAGACGUGUCUUCCCAACAAUCCUUUCUAACUUGACCAUCUGGACUUCGGCCCCAUCCUGUCCUUGCCUAUCCUUGCAGGGCCAUGGGUAGUGUGAGCAGCGUCAUUAAUGGGAACAGUCUCAACAGUAAACAGUGCAAGGCAUCUGAGAACAGGCUAAAGGAGGGAGCAAGCCACCAUAGGAAGAGUGGAGGUUGCAGUCUUGAUGGGUUACUGAAGUGUGGCUUUACUCAGGGUUCAUCUUCCUCUACUCAUCACUCUAAAGGCCUCUCCCACUCUAGGUCAGGAAGAAGUGAAGAUUUCUUUUAUAUCAAGGUGAAUCAUAAACCAAGGUCUGUGUACCAAAGAGAAAGAUCAAUGGAGGAACAAGUGAGAAGAGAUGGGGAAUCGGAUGGGCGUCAACAAACAAAACUGCUGUACAUGCCUGGAAAAAUGGCUGAGAGGACCUCUGCUGAGAAGUCGCUGGUCCAUUCCACUGCCUUCAAGCCUGUAAAUCCCAUGAGGACUUCCUCCACAGAGACAGGUCACCAUAGUCUGGACCACAUCCUUUGUCCUCUGAGAAAAGCAAGCAGUCCAAAUGCUGGAUACAAGCAAGACACCUUAGGGACUCUUUCUGACUCAGGGCGUAACUCCAUGUCCAGCCUGCCCACCCACAGCACUAGUGGCAGUUUAAGUGCUUCCACUGGCCCUGUCAGUCGCAGCGAUGGCAAGUCAGCUCUUGCAAGCAGCCUCAGCAAAGGACAACAACCCAAUUUCCCUCCAUGGGCCAACAGAAAUAACACAAAGCUUGACUGUAGUUACAGGACUGGUUUAAACAGCGUUGGGUUGGCUUCUAAGGCUAAUGAAGAUGCUGGCUCCCCGCAGUCUGCAGAUGAGCCAAGCACUCUCUCUGACACUGCAGGUGGGAUCCGGUCCCCCAUAACUACAGACGAGUUACUGAUUGGGCAUUUGGAACAGAGGUUGCUGGAGAAAGAAACUGAACUGCAGGAGCUACAGGUGAGUUUUGAGGAGAAGGAGGCUGACACCUGUCAGCUGUUUGAGGAGAGACAAAGGCACUGUGCUGAGGAGAUGGAGGGGCUGAAGCAGCGGUGCACCACAAAGCUGCAACAAGUGUCGCAAAUGGCUGCAAAAACACAUCAAGCACUACAGCUUCAAGCCAACCAGCUCCAGGCAGAAAACGAGAAACUUCAGGAACAAGUCUCCAGGCUGAAUCGAGAGAAGGAACUUGUUGAGCUUAGAUUGAGGUCUUAUGAGAAAGAAAGCGCACAGCUCACCCCAACACUUGAAGAAACUCAGUGGGAGGUGUGUCAGAAAACAGGAGAGAUCUCAUUACUGAAGCAGCAACUUAGAGAAUGCCAAACAGAUGUCAGUCACAAGCUUAAUGAGAUUGUCAGCCUCAGAGCAUUACUUAAGGAAAACACAGCAAAAACGGAGACGAUCGAGAAACAGAAUAAAGACUAUGAGGACAAACUCCACUCUUGCAACAUGGAUGUUGAGGUGUGCCAAAAUGAACUCCAGCGCAAAAAGAAUGAGGCUGAUUUUCUUAGAGAGAAAGUGAGCAAACUGGAGAAAGACAUUGAGGGAAUGAAACAAGAUCUGGCUGCAGCCAAUGACCAAAGGGUACAGCACAGUUUUGAACUUAACGCUCAUUCCCAGACUCAGGACUCAAGACCAAUUCCUGAUUUAGAGUCGACUGACCGGAGCCAGGAAGUAGAGAACAGAGAACACAUCUCCAGUGGAUCGCUCCAAAGAGAAGUGGAGAGACUGAAGCAGCAGCUCAGAGAGGAGAAGAAUGCUCAAGAGAGGCUGGCCAGCAGCUUUGAGCAGGAGAGGCAGACAUGGAACAAGGAGAAAGACAGGGUCAUCAAAUACCAGAAGCAGCUCCAGAUCAACUACCUGCAGAUGCAUAAGAAGAACCGAGACCUGGAGAGAAUCCUGAAGGAGCUCACAGCUGAACUGGAAAGUCGAACAGAGCUAAAAAUGGACAUAGGCUACAGCUCAGGGUUACAAACUUAUGAAGAUGUUAUUGCCACUGAGAUUUGAAAGGCACUCGCAUGUUUUUUACAAAACUAAUACCAGCUUGACUGGUUUUUUAUUCAACACACAUGUCCCACUGUAGCAUGCAACAUCACAGCAAAAGAUCAGUCACCGUUAUGUUGUGCUUUACCUGGAUUUAUUUAUUAGGAUGUGUAAACCUGUCUUUUGUGUCCACGCCAUCAAAAGGAAACACUACUGAAAACAGUUACUGCUGACAACACUUUUUAUUUGUUUAAAAGUAAAUAUUAGGUUAUUUAUUGUUCACAUGAGAACUGUGUUUUUAUGUAACUUUAUUGUCCAACAGGAGCAAUUAUUGUUGCUCUGCUGUGUAGUUUGAACAGUAGUUGAGAAUUAGAGGACCACUGAUUUGUUUCAAUUAAUGUCUGAUUGUAACAAAUGAUAAAAAAGCAUGAUAAUAUCUCAACAUCAGUCUGUUCCAGCAUGACUAAAUGACAGUGAUAUAUCAUCUACUGUAAGUGGAGGUAACUUAACCUUAAUACACCUGACCCUGUGUAUGUCACAGUAUGUUUCUACACUGUCUAUUCUUAGUGGUUUGAGCAUAGUUUCUUGCACAAAUAUCCACAUCCAUUUAAAAAUGUUAUCUACAUAACAAUACAUGUUAAAAUUAUGUUAAGCCAUUAUGCAUUUUCACCCUUUCAAUAUGCAAACAGACAACAGUGGAGUUAUUAUAUUCUGUUACAUUUUUAGUAUAUUUUGGUCACUCUUGUAGAUGUUGUAAAGUUUAAAUUUUGUUAUAAAUAACAUUUCAAUGAUCUUGCAAAUCUUUGCCAGUGAAAGUUUUUAUUCUGUUUAUUCAGGCGCAACAUGAAUUCCUAAUGCGAUGAGUAAAAAUCUUAAUAUAAUUUUUAAAACAACCUUCGCUCCAGUGAACAUAUAACAUAUAUCUUUGAUAUGACUGUCCUAACUUGUUUGCUAAUUCUAAAAAGUAAUUCUACAAAGACAGGAAGACAUCAAAUUGUUGGAUCAGUAAAAAGUAACUGCUUUGUAAUUAAGCAAACUUCAACUCUGGACUAAUUAGGGAAAAAAAUGCUUAAUAAACUUCCAAUGUGCCAUGUUAAAUCCUGAUACAAAAAUGCAGAUUAUGCAACACAUAUGGAGAACACCUCUAAGAGAAACAAUGCAUGAAUGUUUGAUUUCAUAUUGAGAGAAUAGUCAAAGAAUAAAGGGCAGUCACUGGGUUAUCUUUAUUUGUCUCCCUAAACUGUUCAUAUAGCUGUGUGAGUUAGAUUAUAGUGCUUUAUUGUGAGGAAAACAACACUUCCUGGUAGAAGUCCUAGCAUUUUUUUUUCCUUGAAGCCAAAAAAAACCAUAAAGAAAAAAAAAGCAAUUUACAAACGCUUUAUGCUUCAGUUAAAACACAUACCACAAGGACAAAACUGCUCCGAGCACUCAUGGACAUAGUGCAAGAAGAAUACGAACACCGCGCUAGUCAAGAAUGUGCAGUAAUCUGUUAACAAGAGUGCUUUAGAUUUCGAAGCUACAUACAAUUGUGUAAUUUUACCUCAGCAAGUCAGGGCGGAUUUGAAAGCAGACAGACUGAGUGGAGCUGA